AAAACCUGUAGGCGCCCGAGGUGUCCGGUGCGUGACUGUCAAAUCCAUUUAUUCUCUCUCUCUCUCUCUCUCUCUCUUUUCUCUUACAAACGCACACAACACUCGCAGAUUUCGUCGAGAAACAGCAACUCCUUCUGUUCUGUCUACGAGAUUCUAUCCAGUCGCCGAUCUUUUCUGGGUUUUCUCCUCCCGAAUCUGAUCCUCUCUCUGUCUCUCUCUUGGCUCGCUCUCAAAUCCUCCAUGUCUCCUUUUGAUGCAAUCUCCCAGGAAACGUUCAAGGUCUGGAUCUGAUCACACAUAAAAUCUGACCCAAAAAUCAAUUCAAUUUCGAAUGGAGGGUGACACAUUCUCAGGGCUUGGCAAUGGGGCUCAGAUUGAUGGGAGGGUGUUGCAGACAUUCCAGAAGAGCUUUGUGCAGGUCCAGAACAUAUUGGACCAGAACAGGCUUCUCAUCAAUGAGAUAAACCAGAAUCAGGAGUCCAAGAUCCCAGACAACCUGAGCCGCAACGUCGGCCUCAUCCGAGAGCUCAACAACAACAUCAAACGGGUCGUCGACCUCUACGCCGAUCUCUCCGGUAACUUCUCAAAGAUCAUGGAUGCUUCCUCUGAGGACAACUCCUCUGGUAGCAGGACAGCGCACAAGAGAAUUAGGCCUGCAUAGGGAAAAAAUGGAAUUUUUGUAAUCAUUUCUCACGUAGAGUUUGUGGAGAAAAAGGUUUUCUUAACUCCAUGUAUGAAACAAGCUGAUGAUGAUUUUCUCCUCAGCUUUCUUCACCUAUCUAGCUAGCUAGUUCUUAACCUUGAAUUACUUUUUCCAAAUAAUUCUUCAAGGUUCAUCUCAGUGUGUAAGUUAACUGACUACUUGUAGCUGUGCAAGUAUAAUCAAAAUGAACUGUGGUUAUGAUCUCCAA